AUGCCGUGGAUGGGCGCUGUGAAUAGUGUUUCGUGCAUGUUUAGUAGGCUUCGUUGCGCGGUGGUGGCGGUGGGGAUCUCCUGCCGGUGCCUGCACCAGGCGACACCCUCGCUUUUUUUUCCGCAUGUUGCCGGCGACUGGACGUGUGUCUGCGGGUUUUCCAACUUUGCAUCGAGGGCGGUGUGCUUUCAGUGUCACAGGGCGAAGUCGGAGCCUUCUCUCGUCGGCGGUGAGCCGCCGAAGUUUGUGGACACAAAGUACAACGGCUUAAGGCGGGGUGACUGGGUGUGUGCAUGCGGGGCGCACAACUUCGCGAAGCGGGAGGUCUGUCUGUCGUGCGAGACCGAGCGGAAGUUAAGUGAUAGGCAGCGAGAAGGGAGCAGCUCGCGACUACUCCCCGGUGACUGGAUAUGUAAGAAGUGCAACGCGCAUAACUUCCGCGCACGCAGGGAGUGUCUGCGGUGCGGGUGGAAGCCCAUUGCUGUGGGUCCCACCGGGGCCGCCAGCACUGGUGCCGGUUAUACCACUGGGGUCAUGCAGUCACCGUGGAUGUGUUUAGCGUGUCAUGCCGUCAACAAAAAGCAGGUCACUUCCUGUGAGGUUUGCGGUAGCGUGCGUGAAGCCUUAGCAGUCUCCGCACCGUCGGCCCCAAUGUCUUUACGGCCCGACGACUGGCACUGUGGUCAGUGUGGUUUUCUCAACUUCUCUUCAAGGAUAAGUUGCAAAAAUUGCAGAUCACCGUCUGCAAAGGAGGACGGCGCAACUGACCCCUCGCUUUGGGUUUGCAGGUGUGGUUACAAGAAUUUUAGGGAUCGGGAGUCAUGCCGUGAUUGUGGGGCCUCGAGGCCGGCAGGGCCGUAG